AGCUUGCUGUCAGCAGUCCCGAUGGCAAGGCUGUGGCAUCUCAUGCUCCUUUGCUGGGCCUGGAGCCCUCUGUGUCUGUCCGCCGAUGUGGGCUUCUUGGGUUCACCACAGGAGUGCGAAAAGGCUCACUUUGUCCCUGGUUACAACCUGGGUGGAGAAGGCUUCAACAUCGUCACGAUGGAGCGGAAAGGUGCCUAUGUCAUCGACACGGAAACAUGGAACCUCGGCAACAACACUUGCAGGAUGUUCAGCAACGGCUACAUGAACCGGGAGAGACAGAAGGUCCCAGCUGCCAUGGUGGACUGGAGAACCCUCCCAAAGUGCAGUUUAAAGGUCUCCAGUGUAGUCUACGAUUCUGUUGAAACUCUUGUCAAUGACUCCACCUCGUCUGUGUCCAAUGAUUGGAAAAUUGGCCUUGAAAUCCCUGUAGACCCGUCUGUUACUCUUGGUGUUGGCUUUGGAGGUUCCCAUUCGAAAGAAUCUAGCUAUGCCAUGCAAAAGUCAAAACAAGACCACUUCACCUUCUUUCGCCAUUCUGUCGACUGUAGCUUCUAUCGCUACAGAUUGGCAACAAAUCCACCACGGAGUCGUAGCUUUGAAUCAGCCAUGAGCUCUCUUCCAUCCUAUUCAUAUCAAACAUCGUCACUAUAUCGCAGUCUGAUUGACACAUAUGGUACACAUUACAUAACACAAGUGUCUCUAGGUGGGCAAAUAAAAGCAAUCACUUCUGUCAAGAUCUGCCAAGCAACCAUGAGUGGGCUGUCGGCAACAGAAGUCGAUGACUGUUUGUCAGUCGAGGCCUCUGCUACCUUUGCUAGCACUGCCAGCAUUAAGGCGAUGAACAAACACUGUCAGGGACAGAAGAAGAAGUUAGGCUCCAGCCAAAGUUUCAGCAGCGCUUUUAAUGACCGCAGCACAGAAGUCAUUGGUGGAGACGUUGACGGCAACAUCCUCUUUGAAAGCCAAUCGAACCCCUCUGCCUAUAACAACUGGCUUAAGUCACUGAAGACCACACCUGAUGUGGUCCAAUACAGCCUGAGCCCCCUGCACACCAUACUGCCAAGCAGCCAUUCUGCCAGGGCCGGACUGAAGCAAGAGGUGGAGAAGUACAUCAAGGACAACGCAGUGUUGAAAAAGUGCUCAGAAACCUGUAAGAUUGGUCACAGAUCUAACAAAAGGGAUCCUUGUGCUUGUGUUUGCAACAGUAGUAGGAAUGUCAAGUCAAACUGCUGUCCUGCUGGGAAAGGUCUUGCAACAUUGAAGGUCUUCAAGCUCUAUGCACAAGGGUUGUAUGGUGAUUUGUGGGAUCAGACAGAUGGUUCAGUGGAGGUGAAAUAUGGAGAUCAGCAUAAACGCACUCAAAUCAUUAGUAACAAUGACAAUCCUAGAUGGUCGGAGAGCUUUAUGUUUGGACCCAUCGUGAUUAGCAUGCAAAACAAACUCACGUUCAGUGUUUAUGAUGAGGACAGUUACUGGGAUAGUGAUCUGUUAGGCCAGUGCUUUAUUGAUCUGCGUCAAGGGAGAGUGAGUGACUCUUGCAUGUUGAAUCAUGGCACCUUAUUCUUCUCCUACAUAGUAGAGUGUGCACCAAGUCUCAGCGGGGACCAAUGUCAAGAAUACACACCAUCCCCCAUGAGUACCUCUCUGGCCAAGGUCUUCUACACCAGAAACGGGGUCCUUCUCGGGACCGAGGAGAGUAAUGCCAUACCAGACGUUCAGUCAGGGUUGAGGUCAGCAGUAGACGAUGAGAGUGAUGAUAGAGCAACUGUUUGAUUUUCUGAUGAUCUUGAAUGUAGUUAAUAGCAUCUUUCACUCUGUUACUCUUUCUUUGUUUUACUCGUGUUUGCAAAAAAACACAAAUUUAAUCCAAAAAUGUGUGUGUUUUAUAAUCAUUCUUUUCUUCUGCUUCUUCCUUGUAAAUUACAAGAUCUGCCAAUAAAGCAUC